AUGGCUCCAACGUUACAACAGUGCCCCGUCUGCUUUAACCACUACAGAAGCACUCCAGACGGGAAGUUAUGUCGGCACGGAGGUAAAGUGAAAGGACAGAAAUGCUCGCGUGAUCCUCUCGACCUGGAUUACUCUGGUGUUUUUGACAAGCUGACGGCCGUGCUGAAAUGUGUACCGGUGUACGACCAUAUCCCUAAGCCAUGCAGGGAGAUGUUCGCACAUGAUCUGAACGCCUUGCUGACGGCUAAGACUUCCAGAGGGGGUCGCCGGGUCAACCAGGGCAAUCUGGUCAACAAGCGUCUAAGCGAAUAUUCAACUAUUGGUCUUGAAACCCUGGUACUGUGCUUUGAUGGGUUCAAUAAUGCCAAAUCACAAAAGCAACACCCCGAUCGGUGGAUCAACGCUGUGUCAUCUUGUAUUGAACAAGAAAACCUGUCCUCGGCUGUCAGACUUGUCUGUUUGCCGGAGGGCCUGGCGGAGAGCUCGCCAGCCACCUUCGAUAAAUUAUGUUCCAUCCACCCAAAAAUUUCGGCGGGUCUUUCCCGCAUUGGCACCAACGGCUGUUUGCCCAAAUUGAUGUACUUCUUGCGUACAUCCAAACACAUUGAUCUUUCUAAAUUGGGCGAAUUUGACAAAGCCCUGCGCACCGCCCUGUCGUCGAUUUGCAACGUUCAAGUGACCGACACCGGUAGAUGUUUGGCGUGGGAUGUUACGGUCCCUGGCACCCAUGCCGAACGAUAUGUAAACCGGACAAGUAAAGAAUGCGGUUUGGCCGCGGUCAGGGCAGCGGACGAGAAAAUGAAAAGAUAUGGGAAUGCCCUCCCCUCGAUGGAAUUCUUGCCAAUAUGUAUCGAGGUUCUCGGCCCGAUGGACCCCAACACCCUUAAAUUUCUUAAGGCAAUAUGCAAAAUGAUCAGCGUCAGAUCAGGCGACAGCAGGAAACUGUUUUUCGCAACUGACCACAUUUCGUGCUUGUUGCUGCGGUUCCUGCGUGUCUCAACUACUUGCAUGAAUUUUGGUCACAAUUGGCAAGAAAACUUUUUUCACCUGUUUUUCACAGUUACUUCAAACUUGUUGCCCAUCGAGAAGAUAGGCCAUGCCGUCAAGUCAGGAGCCAUCCUUCUCAGUCGUCAUGUGCUGCAGAGGAUUUUAAACGUCGUUGCAACGUGGAAGGUCGUCUCGAAGAAAGAUUCUUCCACUCUCAGAUACUAA